GUUAACGUAACGUACACGCGUAUCGUAGUAAUUUUUCGAAAUGGCCCGUACCAAGCAGACCGCUCGUAAAUCCACCGGUGGUAAAGCGCCCCGUAAACAGCUCGCCACCAAGGCGGCCCGCAAGAGCGCGCCAGCCACCGGGGGCGUCAAGAAGCCCCAUCGUUACAGGCCCGGCACCGUCGCCCUCCGUGAGAUCCGUCGCUACCAGAAGAGCACCGAGCUUCUGAUCCGCAAGCUGCCCUUCCAGCGUCUGGUGCGUGAGAUCGCUCAGGACUUCAAGACCGACCUGCGCUUCCAGAGCUCUGCCGUUAUGGCUCUCCAGGAGGCCAGCGAGGCUUACCUAGUAGGUCUCUUCGAGGACACCAACCUGUGCGCCAUCCACGCCAAGCUCGCAAUGACCGGUCGCGGUAAGGGAGGUAAAGGUCUGGGGAAAGGAGGAGCCAAGCGUCACAGGAAGGUGCUCCGUGAUAACAUCCAGGGUAUCACCAAGCCCGCCAUCCGUCGUCUCGCCCGCAGAGGUGGCGUCAAGCGUAUCUCCGGUCUGAUCUACGAGGAGACCCGCGGUGUUCUCAAGGUGUUCCUCGAGAACGUGAUCCGUGACGCGGUCACCUACACCGAGCACGCCAAGAGGAAGACCGUCACCGCCAUGGACGUCGUCUACGCUCUGAAGCGUCAGGGCCGCACCCUCUACGGUUUCGGUGGUUAA